UUAUAUUUUCACUCCACUUAUUUAAACACUUUUGCUAGCUUCUCAUCUUAUCACACACACACUUAUAUUUUCAAAUGGUUGCGUAAAGAAGAAGAGUGGUAUCUCUGUCUCAAAUAUUCUCUUUUUUCUUGAUAGAUUCAUCUUUUUUUCUCUAUUCAACUUGACCAACCAAUAGUUACAAAAUACAGUAACAAGAACUAAUCUCUGUCUUAUAUUGAGAAAUGGGGAGAAAAGAUCAGAUCAAGAACGACCACAAAGACAAAGAAAGAGUUCAAGCUGUUCUUCAACUUCUCAAAAAACAUGCUCCUCUCACUGUUAAGCAGGAGAAGUUGUGUAACAGUGCUUGUGUAGAGAGGUUUUUGAAAGUGAAAGGUGAAAAUGUCAAGAAAGCUGCUAAGCACUUGAGGAACUGCCUGAACUGGAGAGACUCUUUAGGCGUUGAUCAUCUAAUUGCUGAUGAAUUUUCUGCUGAGUUAGCAGAAGGGGUAGCUUAUGUUUCUGGUCAUGAUGAUGAAUCUAGACCUGUUGUGAUUUUCCGGAUCAAGCAAGAUUACCAGAAAUUUCACUCAAUGAAACUGUUUACUCGGUUGCUGGUGUUUACAUUGGAGGUGGCUAUUCAAACCAUGGCCAAGAGUGUUGAAAAAUUUGUUAUUCUAUUUGAUGCCAGCUUUUUCAGGUCAGCAUCAGCUUUUAUGAACAUCUUGUUGGCUUCACUGAAAAUUAUUGCGGAUUAUUAUCCAGGACGACUUCACAAAGCUUUUGUCAUUGAUCCUCCUUCACUUUUCUCUUAUCUUUGGAAGGGCGUCAAGACAUUUGUUGAUCUAGCACCAUUAACAAUGGUGGUAUCAUCACUUGAUUUUGAAGAGUCAUUAGAGUUCAAUGACUUCACUGCUUAUCCAAGAGCUGCAUCUCUUAGAUUCAACCCUUCAUCCAUACCCUCAAGUGGCAAAAUUGGUUCAUGCUCCUCAUCAAGAUUCUCCUUCACUGUUUCACAUCAUUUUGACUCUGUUAAGCCAUGGUACUUGUCCUUAACUGACACCUCAUCAGCUAAGGUGGGCCCCACAAAUACUCCAGUACUGGGCCCUGCCAUCUCACCACUCAAUGCUAGGUCCUACUCAUUUGCAUCACCCAUUGACAGGACUCCACGUGGCAGCGUGGGUUCCAUCAAGAAAGGGUUUUUCCCGUCUACACCUUUGCCACAAAAGACUCAAGAAAUGGACCAUUCAGAAAGUCGUCAUCCUAGGUCUAUGAGGCCAUCAUUUUUUCAAUCUCCUGCCAUGUUCUUCAAGAAAGAUAGUGGUAAUUUCCAUAUUAGUCGGGCCGAUAAGUGUCGUGAAUCUUUUCAACCGUUCUUGAAGUUCUAUCGAAGGCCGUAUGAUGAGAUGAUUUAUAAGUCAAAGAUGCGACCACCUCUAGGUGGACUUAUCUCUAUCGUCUCACCUCACAUCAGGCGCAGACACAUGUCCGUCUCUCAAAGAUUUUGAUUGAUACAAGAAGUAAGAAGGGAAGAAAGGGGCGUAGGCACAGCAGAUGUCGAGACUUUAGUUUUUUUCUUUCUUCUAAUCAGGGCUGUUCUGAUUUAUCUAUAAGUACAUAAAUAUAUUUUGUUACUAUGAUCAUUGACUAAGGAGUUUGCUUGCUCCUCAAAAAAUAAUUGAUAAAUUGUUCAAUUAUCAA